CACUCCUUGACAGCCCCUUUGCCCUAACUUUGGUGGCGGUUCGAUCCCUCCUUUUGCCCUAGCUUUGGUGGCGACGCAGAAGCUGCGAUCCGAGGACGGAGGACGUCGGUUAGGGCGAUUUCAGUCCAGGUGUAUAGUAGAUGUGUUUGAGAGACACUCAACGUCUUUGUUGACCUCUGUUUGGUGAGUAGAGGUGAUAUCUAUCGUCAAAGGAAUCUCACACAAUCUCUUUUAAUAAAUAUGAACAUCUUUAGACGGGGGGGACGUAAACGAAGUUCACAUGGCCAUGCAGCACCUAGCAGUGCACCUACGCCUAUCCCUGAUCAGCCUGUACGACUAUCAAAUUCACCUUCGCCAGUACAGCCAGGACCAUCACAUCUCUCUACGCCAGUUCAAGCAGGACCAUCACAUUCCCCUUCGCGAGUACAUGCAGGACCUUCACAUUCGCCGUCGCCAAUACAUGCAGGACCAUCACAUUCUCCUUCGCCAGUACCUUCACCGCAAAAUUUGGCAGAUCCGGUUCCUACCAGAUACUCAUUUUCUGAGACCCAAGAUGUUCGAAUAUUUAUUGUCCCCUCCGGAGAUUCGUUCGAAAAUUCGGUACGUGUUGUUCACGAAAUUAAUCAAAUCGUGAAUAAUCAUUGGAUGGGGGAUUCUAUGUCUUAUUCAAGCACUCCAUCAUCAAUGAAAGAGUUAUGGUGGAGCGAGUUUAAGACCAAAGAUAUGGGGAAAGAACCUUCAUUCAUUGAAACUUUCACCAAAACUUUUACAAAAAAGGAUAAGUCUUGGAGUGGGGCUAGAGCAAAAGCAAUAAAGGACAAAUACGAUGAGCUCGAGAUAGCACAUAGAAGUUCAUGUGCUAGUGAGGAAACUGAGUCAUCUGUUGGUAAUAAUUUGGAUUUAUGGUUGGAGGCUAGUGGAGGACAGAAAGGGGGAAGGAUAUUGGGAAUGGGUUCUUUAAGCAAAAAUCAUAGAGUUUCCCGUAAAUCCUUUUCCACCCCAACAGCAGUCACGACUCAGAUCAAUUCCUUGACUGAAGAGGUUUCACAUUUAAAGGGCAUAAUAUUAGAAAGAGAUGAAGAAAGAAGAGUUAGAGAUGCAGAAAUGAGAGCUCUCCGUCAACAACAAAAUUUAAUUAUGAAACAUCUUCAGUUAAGUUCCGCUCCUUCUGAUUUUGGUGACGAUGGCGACGAUGGUGGUGAUGGCGACGAUGGUGGCGAUGGAUCUUCUUGAUUGGUCAGACACAAUGAAAAUCAAUGUUGGAGUAACUAAAAAAUUAUUUUUUUGUUCAUAUAUAGUAAUUUCUUUAUUGUAAUUAUUGAUAUUGUUUAUAUUAUGCAGGAAGAAGAUGAAGAAGAUAGAGAAGAUUUAGUCAUAUUUCGGAUUUUGUUGAAAUAUGGAUGGUUUAGAGCUUAUGAUGUUUGGAUUGUAUGGAUAUUAGAUCUUUUGUGAUGUUUAUAUUUUGAUGUAUUAUAUGUUUGGCUUGCAAGGAUAUUAGAUCAUGUUUGUAUUUUGAUGUAUCAUAUGUUUGGAUUGUAAGUAUAUUAGAUGAUGUUUGCAUUUUAAUUUAUGGAAUGCUUGGAUUUUUUGUGA